AUGGGAAGGGGCUCUACUGAAAAAGGAGAUUCUCAGCAUCAGGGGCCCUUAGCGUACUAUGUUGACAGCGUGGCUGUGUACAUGGUGGCCGUGAUGCAUGACAGGCGCUUUGAGACGCUAAAUCUUCAAGACAACGUCCGCCUGGCCAUUGACUUCCUCUGCUUGCAGUCGAAGGCAGCAGCAACACUCAUUGCCUGGCUUCCGGAGCUGAACGCGGACGAAGUCGCUGUCCUCCUGGCGGGUGCCGUCUUCCUCCUGGCUCCUGGCGCAGGGAUACCGGUGCUCGCGGCACUGCGAAAGCUGGGCAGAGCCAUGCGCUAUAGCCGGCUGUUGAGGGUGCUCUGCUACUGCUCCACGGUGCUCCCUUCUCCGUCCUCGGGCUGCUUCGUCAAUCGCUACGACGAGUCCUACUCCGUCCAGGAGCAUUGGCAAGAAGCCGUGCGCCAUUUGCGCUCUGGCGGUGGCUGCAAUGACCUCGUUUUCUCGGGUCAUGGUACCGUGCUCGCCUUCUGCGCCCUGCUCCAUGCGGAGCUCGGGGCACCGCUGUGGCUGCGGCUGUUUCUGUGGGGCAGAGUUGGCCACGCUUCCAUCCGCAUCGUCCAGAGCCAGAGUCACUUCUCCGUGGACUUGGUGGUUGCGAUCAUCUUUGCCUCGUUGCUCUGGAACGUACUGGAAAUGCCGAAGAUCAGGGAUGAGGCCCCGGGCCUGCCAAAGACGUGGGCGCGCGCUUCACUCCUGAUUUGGAGCUCUGGACUGGUGGCAUCCCUGGCAGUGCUCGCAGCUUUGCUCACAUCCUCGGCAGCAGGGAUCGUUGCUUUCGAGCCCGACGGCCCCACCGAGAUUCCGAGCUGGGGCGAGGCUGCUGCUCUCUUCAGGUUCUCGAACCCGAUCUCUCUUGCCAGCGUGAUCUGGCGGCCUUACUACUACGCCACCUGUGAGGUCUCUCUUCCUGCGCAUCGUGAGUGGCAGGUGCUUCCACCGGCCCCAGGAGAGGUCCCGUCCGAGUUUGAGGCCGUGCCCUGGUCCGGCGAGCGAUUGUGUACCCAGUGUGCAUCUCUUUCUGGCGCCUUCACCUCGAAGCGGGCCUAUGUUUUCAACCACCCGCUGGAGCUGCACCUCGAGCAUCGGCAGGUGGAGCUGCCUGCACCGGCUGACCCCGUACCGCCCAGACUGGUGAUGCAGGUAUUGCGUCUGGAUGGUUGGGAGCGGCAUUUCCUGGAGGGGUACGCCUUCGUGGACUUACCCAGACAGCCAGGAGUCACCGAGAUCCGGGCGAGGCUCUGGGCUCCCCUCGGCGGUCGCGCCGAGCAGCUGAGCGCCAAGUUCGGCGGAGCUUUCUUGCCCUUGGCCUCCCCACAUUUGGUGGCCACUUCCGACAGCUACGAGCGUGACCUUCUUCCACGAAAUCGGUCGGCGCUGAAGACGACCAGCUCGACCGGUGCGGUGGUGGUGCGCCUGCAGGUCAUCCGGCGCCGCCGCGCCGCGGGGGCGCCCCUGCGGUUGCCGCGUCGAGGCCGUUCUGAAAGCCCUGGCCGCGAGCGCCGGGAAGGUACAGAGGGGCUCAGGCGCCGCGGUCGAUCUGCCGCCCGGCUUCGCCAGGCUGCAGAGCCGAGCCCGCAACGAGGUCCCACCACAUGA